UCCUUGAAGAAAGGAAUAGCAAAAGCGCCUUACCCCACCAUCAUUAUCCCCAAUCUCUCCAUCUCCUCAACAGCGUUGCGGCGACGUCAAUGUCCCCAAGUGGCAUCAACAUAGUCUGUCUUUAUUAGAAGCAACAUGGCUUUCAACACUCACCCUUCCUCGAGAUCCGCACCUCAACCGCCAGAGAACCAGCAGUUCGACAUCGUCGACUGGUAUCCUAAAUUCCAAAGCUGCCAUCGAUACUUCCUCGACCAUGCGCAACACAGCGGGCCCGUCCAAGCUCUAUCAGCCUUCAUCAACAUCCAACUUCCAUACCAGAAACAAGCGAACCCCGUGCUCUCCGCUUCCUCUUCCUCUUCCUCUUCCUCUCCGCGCUCUGCGCGGCCCGAAAUUCCUCACCUCCGCCAACCAAAUCCCUUUGCCCAAGGCCAAAGCGCCGCACACGCACAGAUUGUCUCUCUUAUACCCUACAUACGGCGGCUAGUAGCCACGGGGCACGAUACGCCGGCGGUACUACACGGGUUCUUCGGUGAUGAUUGGGUGAGUGGAAUUGGAGAACUUCACGAGAUCGAACGACGGAACUAUCUCUUCGCAGCAAAGAGCACUAGCUGGAUGAAGGUCAAACAAUCAUACGACAUGUCUCCAGAAGAGACCGUCCCCUUCCUGCGGCCUCUGCGGGAUGCGUCCGAGAAGGAGAUACAAGCUGCGGAAGCAGGGUGGAGUGAAUGGUUGGCUAUGCAGGACUGGAUGCUUGGCCCGAGGGCGCCAGAGACAAUGAACCGUUCAUCCAGGGUGAAGAGAGAACAAGAGUGAUAUCUGACGGGCAUGUGUUAUGAUUAUGAAUAUUGGGAUACCUACCGGGUUGGAGUUGGCUCUGUCUGGAAAUGUUUGCGGGACAAUCGUCCUUCUUGGCAGCGGAAUAAUUGCACAAGUCUCGAGUUCAUAGUACUUUGGUCUCUUGCUCGCAUAGUCCUGCAAAUCCUUGUCGCUUGACAAUUAACAAAGUUCCUUGAAACGCAU